GUUACAGAAAGAGACAACCAAGACUCGGUCCUCCUUUCUUUCUUUCUCUUAUCACUAAUCUUUGUUUGGGCUUACAGAAAACCCAUCUGGCAUUGAAAUCUUCUCAUUCACUUUUCUCAUUCGUUCUCUGUGAGCUCUGACUCAAAUGGUGCUUUAUCUCCAGCCUAAAUGGGUGGAGGGUCAUGGGUUCAAGACCUGACCACAAAUAUAAACCAAAUUGGUAUUUUCAUCAAUGACUUUAUUGUUCUUGCUCUGAUAUUUCUGGCCUGGUAUGGAAGUGGAGCAAUGGUUGUGGCUCGUGACAUAAAGACUUCAGUUUGGUUUGGGUGGAGAAGUAACAGCUAUUGAGGCGUGAAGUUUAAGGAUUUGUGUUACAAUUCAAUAGAAAGGAGAGAUGUCAAGUACUAUACACACACACUGGUGCUACCCAUGCAGGCAGCGAGUCAGGCCUGUAGAGCGAGAAAUUGUUUGCCCCUACUGUAAUGGAGGCUUUAUUGAAGAACUUCCUGAGAAUGAGGAAUUGGUGCCAGAAGAUUUCUUUAUACCUAACUCAGAAGACCAUUCCCAUCAAACACCUGCAGAAGAUCAAAUGAUGGACCUUCUGUAUUCUCUGAUGAUGCAGAGGGAUCCUAACCCAAGAAUUGAUCCUGUGGAGGUUUUUGAUGCUAUUGUAAGGCAGAGGAUGGGUGGAAGAAAUCCUAACAUCAAUGUUAGAGUGGUUUUAAAUCAUAGUCCUGGUUCAGCCUUCUCUAACGGCAGUCCAAGAAGUGGACCAAGGGAUGUUGAUAAUGGUGACUACUUUACUGACCGAGGUUUGCAAGAAUUAAUUGAACAGAUUUCUAUGAAUGAUCGACAGGGUCCACCCCCAGCACCUCGUUCUUUAAUUGAUGCAAUGCCCACUAUCAAGAUUACACAAGCACAUAUGCAUACUGACUCACAAUGUCCUGUCUGUCAGGAUAGAUUUGAGUUGGGCAUUGAAGCAAGAGAGAUGCCAUGUAAACAUAUAUAUCACUCUGAUUGUAUAGUUCCUUGGUUGGUUCAGCACAACUCAUGUCCUGUUUGCCGCCUUGAGAUGCCUACUCAAGGGACUGAUACUGAUAGUGCUCGAGGUAAUCAAAGUAGUGGUGGAGAGAACAGCGGGGGCAGCAGCAGUAGAAGCAGAGACUAUGGCAGGUCUGGUGGUGUUACUCUGAAUAGUCUGCAGAAUCAGGGUAGGAGGAAUCCGUGGUAUGUUAUGUGGCCUUUCCGCCCAUCAAGUUCAAACACCCAUCAUCAUGCUGAAUAUAGAGGAAGCCGCACCUCAUCCACUCGUGAACAGAAUAAUGAGAUGAGUUACUCUGGAUGGCCUUUUGAGUAUUAAGGCUUCAUUUGCUUUCAUUGUCAAGUUCACUUGGCAUACCAAUCAAAGCUAGUAAAUGGAGUGGGUGAAUUACAUCUGGUUUUAGAGUUUGGUUUAUAUCAAACUUUUUGCAAGGUGCUUGCAGUUUGAUUACGUUUCACUAUUUUGUAUACGACAAUGUGCUAGGUGAGAGUAGAACUGGUUUGAAUAAUUCAAUCUGUUAUUGAAAAGUAAUGUACAACUUCCAUAGGUACUUCUUGGCAUCUAAUAUUUGCAAAUUGAAUUAUGUGCUUCCUAGCAUCUCUUUUAUAAAGGAUGGCAGGUUUAUGAUUUC